UGUGGUUCUGAGUAUCUGCACACCUCCUCUCUCAUCAUACCAUGGCGGACACCUUUGUCAGUACCUGGAAGCUAUUAAACAGCAAGAAUUUUGAUGACUAUAUGAAGUCCCUCGGUGUGGGUUUUGCCACCAGACAGGUGGCUAGCAUGACGAAGCCUACCACAAUCAUUGAGAAAAACAGGAAUACUAUACUCAUAAAGACAUACAGCACCUUCAAGAACACAGAGAUGAGCUUUCAGCUGGGAAUGCAGUUUGAUGAGGUAACAGCAGAUGACAGGAAGGUCAAGUCGAUCGUGAUACUGGAUGGAGGCAAACUUGUCCAUGUGCAGAGGUGGGAUGGGCAAGAGACUCUGCUUACAAGGGAGCUGUGUGAUGGGAAGCUCAUCCUGGCAUUCACCCAUGGCACCAGAACUUACAAGAAGGAGGCGUGA